CAUAGAUGCAGAACACAAGCAUUGAGGUGAGGACACGCACUAGAAAACCAUGGACAUGCAGUGACGCGUCGGUGAUGUUCCGAAUCGUAACUCCAUGUGCAUUAAGUUUUUGCAGGGAGACGGGUUGAUAGACGGCGUCUAUGGGCUUCUCUGGAGCCACGCAUCGUCGUCCGCAGCUCUCACGGGUGACGGCGACAGCGUGGACUCGGAUGCUUCUCGAGAUGCUGCGGCAGACAUCGUCAUUCCUGACACGGUUGUCUUCAAGUACGGGCAGGCGAGCGCUUGGUACUUCACUGGGGCUGAUGGGUCACUCAAACGCAAAAAUAAGGGAAAUUUGACCAAUUUAAACAUCGAGAAAGCCUUCAACAAACGGGUGAGUGGCUCGAAGUGGAAGUAGGGAUCCAAAUGAGAACAUUUUCCAUCUUCUGUGCAGGUGUCAAAGUCGGGCGUGGUUGCAUAUUUUGUGCUCAACACACCGCAAGACGAUGGCGUCAUACACACAACCGUCGAAGUGAGGCAGACACUGUCAGACAGUGACAGUCCACACACCAGUACACUGAUCGACUCGCCAUGUGUCUCCCCUGUCUGUCAGUAUUUCGACCGUGGCCAGCUCCGGGCGUUUUUAUACAGACGAGAGAAGCCGGCCGGCAUCCUCCAGAAAUUCAUUGAUUGCGGAAAUGAGCACCACACCGUCAUACAGGCUCUGUGGAGCAACAAGGUGAACAAGUGGCUCCCAUGGUGUUCUUUUCCCAAUGUGGAGGUUCUUGCCUCGUUCUUGCAGUUGUGUCUCCUUGAGCAGCGGUCUAAUCGUCUGCCGCUCAGCGACACGAAAGCGGAUCUCUACCAACGAGUCCUCACAUGUACGCAACGGAUACACCACUUGACCUUCCGUACACUAUACGUGGCUGCCUGCCUGUAUGAACACAGUCGAUGGCCCGGAUCACUUAUCCUACAGUCGGCCGGUCCGAGGUGAGUCGCUGCCGCAUCUCAUCCAUAUGGCCGCCCACGCAAUUGCCGACCGCCUCACGGCCGGGUUGAGACAGGGGGCUACCAUGGCAGCCACAAAGCGAGUGGCAAGGAUGGCUGUGCUGUUCAAGGUCGACUGCGAUCAUCGCUUGCUCUUCUUGUGGAUAUCUAGCCUCCGUGUCGCCUCAGCCCAUCCCCCAUCGGUCAUCUGUCCCCCCAGCUCAUCGCCAGACAAAGCCGCCAGAGACCUGAUCAGCACAGACGGUAGGGCAUCCGAGGCCCCCAGGAGGGAUGAGGGUAUCGGUCUGGGACAGGAGGGUGCGGCCAGACUGACGGUGCUCAAGUCGUCUCCACUAGAGGAGCGGUGCCGCAUCGGCGUGCCCCAGCACGUCAGGGUGAGUGAGAGUGAUGAGCGGCAGCGAGGCUAUGCAUUCCGUCGAUGCGAAGGCGGACUUUUGGACACAGAUUUAUGGUAUGUGUGAUGUCUCUCUCUUCUGCCUCUUUGCUGAUACUGUCAGCUGAACGGGAGGAACGCCUUAGGACGCACUGAGAUGCGUCAAUGCCCCCUUUGUCGGUCAGUCGUCGCAUCCGACAGGUCAGAGGCGCAGAAAGCAGCCUCGUCUUUGCUACGGCAUUCAUCCAUCUCUCGUUGCAGCGUCUUCGAGCUGUCGUAUCAAAUGUUGAUCAAGUAUGACCAGUUGCGGGAGGCUGUCCCUUCCCUCCGACAGCAGAUGAGACGAGAAACCAGUGUCCGCCCGGACAACAGACAGGUCCCUUUGCUCAUUCGGCAGCUGGUAGGGAUCAGUUCGCGCCCUUUGGUCAUUAAAAAUCUCUCUCUUUCGCUUCUCCAGCAUCCGAGGCUGCACAAUGUCGACUAUGCCAAACACAAGGAGGUGAGGAAAACAUGUGCGCACACUUUUGGUAGCACAGGAGACUGAGGGCUCGUACCCAUGCACUUUCUUGUCAGGAUCCUCUCUUUCUGCUCCGCUCCGCCUCUCUGUGCGAGGACUGCUACAUUCGGAUCUCGUCAGUCGAGCUUGGCGUCCCCUUCGUGCCUGCCCCUCCCCCCGCCCCGACACGGCCACUCAUCCACGAGCAGCCCUCUGCCGGACGGCUGCGGCAUGUCGCCCCUCCACUCUCCCCCGAGCGAUUGAGGGAUAGAUACAAACGAACAAGAUCGGAGAUCAUCGAGCGGGCACGGCGAGCCACUGAUCGCACCCGACAGAGGGGCAUCGAGCGGCCCUUCCCUUCCCCUUCGCGCACCCUGUCUCACCCGCAGCUGUCCGCCAUCAGGGAAGAGGAGGACCAAUGUGUCGGGCCCUGGACGCCUACAGGCGGCCGAGAGCCACAGGGCGAGAGUCGAUCGACUCCGGUACCAGCUGACCACAAAAGGCUGGGAGGAGACCAGUGGCCUCUCGAGCAAAAGAAAAAUAGGCGACUGCCGUCACGUGAAGGCUUCGCAUAUGAUGACGGUCGCGCUAUGGUCCCCCCCAGUCCCAUCACGGCAACGCCCCGUGACAACGAUGCUCUCAGAAAAGGUUGCCUGAAACAGGGCCAUUUGUUACGCGAGAGGCGGUGCAGCCGAGACGUGUGGCCAUAUUUGCGUGAAAUAAUUCGUCAUGAGGGAAGUAGUGGGCUGGCCACCGUGGGCAGAUACUACCGUCGGACACAGAAGGCAAAACUGAGGACAGAUUAAUGGUAUGUACGGUGUCUCUCUC